AUUGUGCUUCCUGGAUGCAAAGGGAGAUGAAUGUAUUAUAAACCGCAGAGCUUUGGUUAGCCGUGUCCUUCCUCUUUUUUCUCCCGUUUGUUUGUAGUUGGUCUCAUUAUGAAGGUGUGCGGUUUGUUUUUGAGUUUGUGCCUCAGUGUGGAGGUAAUGGCGGGGAAAUACUCUCGGGAAGUCAAUGAGCAGAAGGUGGCGAGUGACGGGAGAAAUGCUGUGGAGUUUCGGAUCGCCAAACUGAACCAGGUUUGGGAGAAAGCGAACAGGAUGCAGCUCGCCCCAAGGCGGCUGUCUGAACUCCACAGCGACUUGAAAAUUCAGGAGAAAGAUGAGCUUCAGUGGAAGAAGAUAAAGGCCGAGGGACUGGACGAGGACGGUGAAAGAGAGGCCAAGCUUAGACGCAACUUUAACAUCAUCCUGGCCAAAUAUGGAAUGGAUGGUAAGAAAGACAACCGUGCCUUGGAUAGCAACAACCUGAAAGACCAUGACGCCCAACUGGGAGAAACGUUCGAUGACCCCAGACUGGACAAACUGUGGAACAGAGCCAAGUCUUCAGAAAAGUUCUCUGAGGAGGAGCUGCAGAACCUGCGCAGAGAGUUCGAACAUCACAAGGACAAGCUCAAUGAGUACAACAUCAUGAUGGACACAGUGAGCCGCACUGAGGAAAUCCAUAAGAACGUGAUUUCUCCACUGGAGGGAGAGGGGAAGUCGUCCAGUCUUCAUGAGAAACACACAGACCUUAAGCAGAAGAUGAGGGACCUGAACCAGGGCUUUGAGCGUCUACGUAAAAUCACACAUGAAGGCUUCGACAGUGAUAACGAGUUUAAGGAGCCCAGGGUCAUCGAGCUGUGGGAAAUGGCCAGAAGAUCUAAUCUUAGUGAGGACGAGCUUGACUCUCUCAAGGAGGAGCUGAAGCAUUUUGAGACCAAAGUAGAGAAGCACCACCACUACCAGGAACAGCUGGAAUAUUCCCAUCAGAAACUGCAGCACAUAGAGGCCAUGGGUGAUAAGGACCACAUCGUGAGACAUAAAGAGAAAUACAACACGCUCGCCGAGAAAGCACGAGAGAUCGGAUACAAGAUGAAGAAGCAUUUGCAGGAUAUAACCAACAAAAUCUCCCGAAAUGGACUGCAGCACAAUGAACUCUGAGCAUGGCCUCCUCUCCUCACCAUGACAACACUGAAAAUCCUUCAUUUCCAUAUGCAUCGAUUAUAGUGUGGGUGUAGUUACUGAUUUUUCUAACAGUUUGUUUAAAUCAUUUCAGUAUUCGUGGAAUAUUUGCUAAUCCACAGCACUGAUUGUUUUUUUGUUUUUUUUAAUGACAUCGUGUGGUUUGUAUUUAGUCCACUGCAAGUGAUCAGUUAGGUACGAAUGCAUAUGUACUAUGUGUUACAUUUUAAGUCCAUUAUUCCUGAGUAUUUGAACUGCUGAAAUCAUUCCCACAGGAGGGGUACAGAUUGAAUUUUGAAUGCAAUAUGUUAUGUAUUGGCACCCUUCCGUGUUUUAGAAAUCUUUUGAAAUGCUCAUAUUUUUUCAUGAAAUUUCAAUUAUUUGAUGAUGUCAUCUCAGAUGAGUACAAUAAACAGUGAUUGUCCAUUCAGUCCAUUAACUUUA